AUGGUUUUUCCAGCGUUCUGGAACCUUCUACUGCCCUCUCAACCUGGGGUGUGGCUGUUUGCCCCCCUCCUACCCCCUUCUACUGCCUCCUCAACCUGGGGUGUGGCUGUUUGCCCCCCUCCUACCCCCUUCUACUGCCUCCUCAACCUGGGGUGUGGCUGUUUGCCCCCCUCCUACCCCCUUUCUACUGCCCCCUCAACCUGGGGUGUGGCUGUCUGCCCCCCUCCUACCCCCUACUACUGCCCCCUCAACCUGGGGUGUGGCUGUCGGCCCCCCUCCUACCCCCUACUACCUCCCCCUCAACCUGGAGUGUUCAUGUUUACACCCCUCCUACCCCCUACUACCUCCCCCUCAACCUGGGGUGUGGCUGUCUGCCCCCCUCCUACCCCCUUCUACUGCCCCCUCAACCUGGGGUGUGGCUGUCGGCCCCCCUCCUACCCCCUACUACCUCCCCCUCAACCUGGGGUGUGGCUGUCUGCCCCCCUCCUACCCCCUACUACUGCCCUCUCAACCUGGGGUGUGGCUGUCGGCCCCCCUCCUACCCCCUUCUACUGCCCCCUCAACCUGGGGUGUGGCUGUCUGCCCCCCUCCUACCCCCCUACUACUGCCCUCUCAACCUGGGGUGUGGCUGUCUGCCCCCCUCCUACCCCCUACUACCUCCCCCUCAACCUGGGGUGUGGCUGUCUGCCCCCCUCCUACCCCCUACUACCUCCCCCUCAACCUGGGGUGUGGCUGUCUGCCCCCCUCCUACCCCCUUCUACUGCCCCCUCAACCUGGAGUGUUCAUGUUUACACCCCUCCUACCCCCUUCUACUGCCCCCUCAACCUGGGACCCACCCCACUCCACCACCCCGACCCACCCCUGCGACCCCGACCCACCCCACUCCACCACCCCGACCCACCCCCCUUCUCAACCCCGACCCACCCUGCUCCACCACCCCGACCCGCUCCACCACCCCGACCCACCCCACUCCACUCCACCACCCCGACCCACCCCCCCUUCUCAACCCCGACCCACCCCACUCCACCACCCCGGACCCACCCCCCUUCUCAACCCCGACCCACCCCCGCUCCACCACCCCGACCCACCCGACCCCGCACCCACCACCCCGACCCACCUCGCCACCCCGAACCCACCCCGCUCUACCACCCCGACCCACCCCGCUCCACCACCCUGACCCACCCCGCUCCACCACCCCGACCCACCCCACCCCGCACCACCACCCCGACCCACUCCGCUCCACCACCCCGACCCACCCCACUCCACUCCACCACCCCAACCCACCCCCCUUCUCAACCCCGACCCAACCCGCUCCACCACCCCGACCCACCCCGCUCCACCACCCCGACCCGCUCCACCACCCCGACCCACCCCGCUCCACCACCCCGACCCACCUCGCCACCCCGACCCAACCCGCUCCACCACCCCGACCCACCCCGCUCCACCACCCCGACCCACCCCACCCCGCUCCACCCACCCCGACCCACCCCGCUCCACCACCACGACCCACCCCGCCACCCUGACCCACCCCGCUCCACCACCCCCAACCCCCACCACUUCACAACCCCCGACUCACCCCGCUUCACCACCACCCCGACUCACCCCACUCCACCACCCCGACUCACCCCGCUCCACCACCCCGACCCACCCCGCUCCACCACCCCGACCCACUCCACCACCCCGACCCACCCCGCUCCACCACCCCGACCCACCCACCACCCCGACCCACCCCGCUCCACCACCCCGACCCACCCCGCUCCACCACCCCUACCCACCCCCACCACCCCGACCCACCCACCACCCCGACCCACCCCGCUCCACCACCCCGACCCACCCCACCACCCCGACCCACCCCGCUCCACCACCCCGACCCACCCCACCACCCCGACCCACCCCGCUCCACCACCCCGACCCACGGAACUAGGGAAGCAGCCAGAAAGGGAACUAGGGAAGCAGCCAGAAAGGGAACUAGGGAAGCAGUCAGAAAGGGAACUAGGGAAGCAGCCAGAAAGGGAACUAGGGAAGCAGUCAGAAAGGGAACUAGGGAAGCAGCCAGAAAGGGAACUAGGGAAGCAGCCAGAAAGGGAACUAGGGAAGCAGCCAGAAAGGGAACUAGGGAAGCAGUCAGAAAGGGAACUAGGGAAGCAGCCAGAAAGGGAGCUAGGGAAGCAGCCAGAAAGGGAACUAGGGAAGCAGCCAGAAAGGGAACUAGGGAAGCAGCCAGAAAGGGAACUAGGGAAGCAGCCAGAAAGGGAACUAGGGAAGCAGCCAGAAAGGGAACUAGGGAAGCAGCCAGAAAGGGAACCAGGGAAGCAGUCAGAAAGGGAACUAGGGAAGCAGUUAGUACCAUGUUGA